ACCACCUUGGGCUAUUAGCGCAUCGGGAACACCCUUGGUUGUGCACGGGUUGGCGUUCGACGCGGACAAGGCGCUGGACCACAGCUCAGGCCUGCACACCUACUGGAACGCCUCUGACCUGCCGCAGAACUACAACCAAUGGUUCAUCAUCUUCGACUUCCGAGAAUCGUACAGGCUCUGGAAGAUGCAGCUGCGGUGCCGGGCGGACACCAUCCACGACAUCAAGACGUUCACCUUCCAGUCGUCUCAAACAAAGGAUCCCUUCAAGUGGAAAAACGCGCUAACUGAUGUAAGUAUGUCGGCAGCAGUGGAGGAUUACCAGACAUACGGGGGAUUCAACGCCGCGGCCAGGUACUGGCGAAUCUACAUCACAGAGACGCACGGAGGCUGGGCCCCUCAUCUGGCCGAGAUUUCCUUCUACGGACAUAAAGACGAAAAAGCGAAACCAGAAGAGAGUCCAGUGGUACAAAAAGAAGAAGCAAAACAAGAAGAGAGUCAAGAGAAGACAGAAGAAGCUAAACUGGAACAGAAAGAAGAAGCGAAGGCUAAACUGGAACAGAAAGAAGAAGCGAAGACAGAAGAGGCUAAAGUGGAACAAAAAGAAGAAGCGAAGACAGAAGCAGAAGAGGCUAAGGUGGAACAAAAAGAAGAAGCGAAGACAGAAGAGGCUAAAGUGGAACCAAAAGAAGAAGCGAAGGCCGAUGAGACAAAAGAGGAACAAAAGGAAGAAGAGAAGACAGAAGAGACUAAAGUGGAACAAAAAGAAGAAGGGAAGGCAGAUGAGACUAAAGUUGAACCAAAAGAAGCGAAGCCGGAAGAAGGUAAAGUGGAGGAACCAAAAGAAGAAGCGAAGCCGGAAGUCGCUGAUGAAGGGGCAGACACAGAUUCGGAGACUGACGAUGAAGAAACUAAAGCAAAGAAGGAUGCCGUCAAGCAACUUGCUGUUCAACUCGGAGUUCGCGAUUGGCUGGAUAAAUUGAAGGAGCAGAAGAAGAUGUUGAAAAAGGAGAACGAUGAACUGAAGGCUAAAGUUGAAUCGAAAGCGAAGACAGAAGAGGCUAAAGAUGAGCAAAAAGAAGAAGCGAAGACAGAAGAGGCUAAAGAGGAACAAAAAGAAGAAGCAAAGGCAGAAGAGGCUAAAGAGGAACAAAAAGAAGAAGCGAAGACAGAAGAGGCUAAAGAGGAACAAAAAGAAGAAGCGAAGACAGAAGAGGCUAAAGUCGAACCAAAAGAAGAACCGAAGCCAGAAGAGACUAAAGCGGAACAAAAAGAAGAAGCGAAGACAGGAGAGGCUAAAGUGGAACAAAAAGAAGAAGCGAAGGCAGAUGAGACUAAAGUGGAACCAAAAGAAGCGAAGCCGGAAGAGGGUAAAGUGGAGGAACUAAAAGAAGAAGCGAAGGCAGAUGAGACUAAAGUGGAACCAAAAGCAGAAACGAAGCCGGAAGAAGGUAAAGUGGAGGAACCAAAAGAAGAAGCGAAGCCGGAAGUCGCUGAUGAAGGGGCAGACACAGAUUCGGAGACUGACGAUGAAGAACUAAGGUAA